AUGAGCCCAACUAAACGUGACGACGGUGCGGCUAAACGAGCUGCACACGUCGUGGUGGUCGACGACCAAGUCAAGAACGGCGACGACCAUUUGGAAGAAAAGUCGGCAGCGCCAUUGGCGGCGAUAAACCAAAUGCUGGUUAUGCUCGGGGACCUCUCGGAAAGAAUAAAUCCUAUCAAGGUCUUUCAGGGAGAGCGAACCAACAAACAUUGGGAGGACUUACCCGAGUUGAGUGUCGCCAGUCGCUAG